AUGAUCUGCGUCAAGUUUACCUACUUGCUUGCCGCCUCAUCCCUGCUCGCAGUUGCCUCCGCCGAAGAGAGUAAUGCCCCCAAAGCUGAGGCCGUAGAAGAGAAGUACGUUUACGGCGGGGUUUCAGCAGGCGGCCUUCGCACAUCGUACUGUGGAAUCGGCUGGGGGGUGCCGGUCACAUACAAUUGGAUGACCGGCUCUGGGGCGGUGAGCGCAUUCACCGUCAUUCAGCGACCGCGUCGUUGGUUCAAGGACAUAGGGGAUUCUGCUCUCAGUACUAGCCGCCGCUCGCUCAGCAUCGAGCCCGAGAACCUCUCCCGUCGGGACGAUUCCAACACUGUCCACUGCAAAGACAACAUUGGCCAUGUGGACCACUUUGUGGUUGCAGACUGCGUCAAAGCGGUAGAGUCACUGGUUGCGAAGAAAACCUCAUCCGCUGCUUGCGGCACAUGCAGCGCCAAACUAGUCACCCCUCAAGGGCCGGUGGCACCUUCCAAAGCUCCCGUCGAUGAAUUGAAAAAUUUGGCCAUCAGCACCUUACAGGCCUGUGGUGCCAAUAAGAGCUCGGCUCCAGCGCGUCGAAGUCCUGCCGAUGUGAGUGUUGCUGGCGACCAACUGGUUGCAAUGAUCUUCCAAAAAGGCAACGGUCAAACGUGUGCUUGA